AUGCAGUCAAACAACAGCUGCACAAUCGACGUCGAGAGGGCCUUUGGCCCGUCCGUCUCCUCGGCCUGUCUCGGCGGCUUCGAUUUCACCUUGCUCUUUGAGGAGACCAUCCUCACCAUCCUGCCGCUCAGCCUGACCUGCAAGUUCCCGACCGCAACUCCCCGGCCGUUCCUUCUCUCUGUGGGACGCGCUCUGCAGCUGCGCGAUGCGCUCGCCAAGGUCGACAAGUCAUGGCUUCUGCCUGUGAAGAUGCUCUCGUACGGCGCGUACGUCAUUCUCCAGAUUGUCCUCCUCGCGCUCUGGGCGCAACCGAACGCGCCCAAGACCACGUCCACCCUCGCCGCGCUCUCCGUCACGCUGGUCACCUCGCUCUUCUUCCUGUACCUCUCCUACCUGGAGCACACGCGGUCGGUGCGGCCGUCGACCCUGCUCACCCUCUACCUCGGCCUGUCCACCCUCUUCGACCUCGCGCGCGUCCGUACCCUGCUCUACCUGCAGUCCGCCGACCACCUGGCCGCCGUCUUCCUCGCCGGGUUCUGCGUAAAGGUCGUCAUCUUCCUGCUGGAGCUCUACGAGAAGCGGCGCCUGCUCCGCCCCAAGUGGCGGGACUCGGCGCCCGAGGCCACCAGCAGCACGUACAGCAGGGCGCUCUUCAUCUGGUUGAAUGAAUUGAUGCUCAAGGGCUUCCGCUCAUCCCUGACUGUCGACACGCUGACGCCCAUAGAUGCCGACCUCCUCCAGGCCUCGGAACCGUCGUCGCUUCUGGCUCGCUGGAACAAAUCUGAUCAAACCAAGAAGCACGCCUUGCUACGGACCUUCAUCAAGCACUACAAAUGGCAUAUCCUGGCUGCCAUGCCAGCGCGACUUGCCUACUUAGCAUUCACCCUUGCCCAGCCCUUCCUCGUCCAGAGAGUCCUCGACUACGUCGCCGCUCCCCCAACCGAGUCCGACAAAAACACAGGCUAUGGGUUGAUCGCUGCCUACGCUCUCGUCUAUAUCGGCAUCGCUAUAUCCUAUGCAGUGUAUGAGCUCAAGGUGUAUCGUGCCAUCACCCUCUUCCGUGGAAGCCUCAUCUCGGCCAUUUUUGACAAGACACUCCGAGUCAGCUCCCACGCUGCUUCCGACGCCGAAGCCAUGACCCUGAUGAGCGCCGACAUUGACCGCAUCGGAGAGAGCAUGGAGGACGUGCACGAGCUGUAUGCCGGUCCGUUGGAGCUUGGCCUUACUCUGUGGCUUCUGUACAGAUUUCUUGGUGUGGCAAUGUCCGCCUCCACCGCUUUCGUCAUCGUGUGCCUCGUCGGAAGCUUGCGAGUUGCGACCAUUGCCGGUGACGCCCAAGUUCCAUGGCUCGAGGCUAUCGAAACUCGGCUUGAAGCAACAUCUGGAGCUCUAGGUGCCUUGAAAGGUAUCAGAAUGACCGGAGUUAAUGGCGCUAUUUCGGCCAUGAUUACUCGCCUUCGUCAGGAUGAGAUUCGCUCUUCUCUCCGCUACCGUCUUUGGAACAUUUUCCUGAAUGCUGGAUUCUACGUGUCAUCCACUUUUGCUCCUGUUUGGGGUUUUGGUGUUUUUAUUCUGCUUGCCAGAUCAAGACAUACGCAAACACUUACGGAGCAAAUUAUCUUCCCAGCCCUGACGUUGUACGAGCUGUCAGAUCAGCCCACUGUCAACAUCCCCGAUGCUCUUGAACAUGCGCAGACCAUCUUGAACUGUUUUGAGCGUAUCCAGGAGUACCUUGUUGCAGAUGAGCAAGGCGACUCUGGCAAUGAUUCGGAAGAAGACGGCAGGGUCUCGAGCAGCCAUGAACAGGACGGUUCGAGCACUGCUUCUUCUCAAGAGAAGCAUGCAAGUGUCAAGGAAAAGGUGCAGCCUGCCGCUUCGCUAAAGGCAGACCUAGCCAACGCGGACGCCAUGUUCACUGCACGCAACGCCACUGCCGCGUACUCCUCCGAAAAGGGACCCAUCCUGAAGGCCCUCAACUUUGAUCUGGCCAAGUCCAAGACGACUAUGAUUAUUGGACCUGUCGGUUGCGGCAAGUCUACGCUUCUCAGACUUCUGCUAGGCGAAGUACCCGAAGUUGGAGGCUCCCUGGACAGAAACUUUCUCAGUUCCGCAUACUGCCCCCAGUCCUCCUGGAUUUUCCGAGGCACGAUUCGUGAUAACAUUGUCGGCUUGUCAACGUGGGAUGAACCUCGAUACAAGAGCGUUGUGCAAGCGUGCUGUCUCUCGGCCGAUUUUGACAUUCUGCCAAAUGGUGACCGCACUGAAGUUGGUACCCGUGGCUCUCACAUCAGCGGUGGCCAGCAAAUGCGCGUGUCCCUUGCGCGUGCCCUCUUCUCAGGAGAGGAUGUCAUCAUCCUGGAUGACGUAUUGGCAGGAGUCGACCGCAUUACCGAGUCAAACAUCCUUGAAUCCGUCUUUGGCCGUGAAGGACUGCUCCGACAGUGGAACUCUACGACCAUCCUGGCCACAAGCUCUGUUCGCCACCUUCGCUACUCGGACUCGGUCAUUGUUCUCGAUAGACAAGGCAACAUUACUCAGCAAUGCACCCCGGAAGAGUUGUCGGACGUCAAACUUGACCUGGAGCGCUCGGAAGAUGAUGAAUCGGGUGACGGCGAACCGGAACUCGAUCUCGAGCUUCCGGAUGAAAUUCUGGAGCACCUGGCCGCCGCUGAGGUAGAGGAUGUCGACGGUGCUCGCCGUGUUGGUGACAUCAAGAUCUAUGCCUAUUUCAUCAGCGUUGCCGGUUGGUGGUACAUGGUUCUCUAUGUCGUUCUCUAUUCUGCCUUUGUCUUUGGCCUCAGAUUUCCAGCUAUCUGGCUACAAUGGUGGGCAAACGCCAACGAGAAGCAUCCCAAUGAAAACAUUGGAUACUGGCUCGGUGUAUAUGCUGCCAUUGCAGCUACGGCCUUUUUGGGGAGUGUUGCGUCCGACUCGGUCUUCCAACUGAGGAUUGUGCCGAAGAUGAUGGUGGAAUUCCACAACCGUCUGCUGUCCACGACCAUGCACGCCACGACGAGGUUCAUCACUUCAAAGGACACGGGAACGAUUCUCAACCGGUUCAGCCAGGAUCUUAAUCUGAUUGACAGCGAGCUGCCGAGUGCGCUGGAUAAGACCAUCAUUGCCGUCCUGUCAGCCCUCUUCUCUGCUGUCCUGGUCUUUAUUGGUUCCAGCUACGUAGGUGCGGCCAUCCCGCUCUGCAUCGGCGCUCUGUACAUCAUUCAGCUCUACUACCUCCGCACGUCGCGUCAGCUUCGACUACUGGACAUUGAAUCCAAGGCACCGCUGUUCUCACUGUUUGUGGAGAGCAUCGAGGGUCUUGCGAGUAUUCGUGCCUACAGCUGGUCCCGCCACUACAUGCAGCGCAGCAUCGACAUCCUCAACGCCUCGCAAAAGCCGUACUACCUCAUGUGGUGCAUCCAGCGGUGGCUGACGCUGGUCUUGAACCUGGUCGUCGCCGCGGUCGCCAUCCUACUAGUUGGUCUCGCAACCAACAUCCGCAGUGGCUCCACCGGCUUCCUGGGCGUCGCGUUGUUCAACAUUGUCUCGUUCAGCCAGACCCUCCAGCUGGUCGUCACGGAGUGGACACAUUUGGAGACGGCCAUUGGAGCUGUCAGCCGUGUUCGCUCGUUUGUGCUCGGCACCGAGCGGGAAGAUGCAGUCGGCGAGUCGGAGGACCUGCCCAGCGAGUGGCCCAAGACCGGAUCAAUCACGUUCACAAACGUUUCUGCUUCAUACGAGGCCAGCUUGGGACCUGUUCUUCAAGAUAUUAACCUCGAAAUCAAGAGCGGCGAGAGAGUCGCCAUCUGCGGGCGCACUGGCAGUGGCAAAUCUUCUUGCGUCUCUUCCCUGUUCCGCAUGCUCGAUCUCGACACCGGAUCGAUCGUCAUCGACGGGGUCAACAUUGCCAAGGCACCCAGGGAGGAGCUGCGCAGGCGACUCAACACGGUCCCGCAGCAGCCCUUCUUCCUCUACGGCAGCGUCCGCGAGAACAUCGACCCGCUCGGCGCCGCGACCGACGAGCGCCUCGUUGAGGUGCUGACGGCCGUGCAGCUGUGGGACGUCUUCGAGGAGCACGGCGGCCUCGACGAGGACAUGGACGCAGACCUGCUCUCCCACGGCCAGCGGCAGCUGUUCUGCCUCGGCCGCGCCAUGGUCCGCAGCGGCCGCAUCCUCGUCCUGGACGAGUUUUCAAGCAGCGUCGACGCGGACACGGACGACAUGAUGCACCGCAUCAUCCACGACGAGUUCCAGGGGCGGACCGUGAUUGCGAUCGCGCACAAGCUCGACGCCAUCCUCGACUUUGACCGGGUCGUGUUCCUGGACAAGGGCCGCAUCGCCGAGAUUGGCGCGCCGCGGGAACUCCUCGCGAGGGAGGGCUCGCUCUUCCGGGCUCAGUAUGAAAGUUCGGGCAACUAG